GAGAGAGAGAGAGAGAGAAGGGGGGAGGAGGAGGAGGACGCGGUUUCCUCUCCGCACGCGCCGCAGGAACACAGCGAACCGACUGGGAGGGAAAGCGCGAGCGGACGGAGAGAGAAAGGAAACCGAGCAGCACGAGCAGCACUCCGACUCCCCUUUGUUUGAAAGAAAAGCGGCCGCGACGGAUCGGAGGAGUCCUGAACGAUGAACCAACGAGCUCGGACGCGUUCUCGUGACAGCCAUCUUUAAGAGCGGGUUUUUUUCUCUCUCUGUGUGUGUAUGUGUGUGUGCGCGCGCGCGCGCGUGUGUGUGCUCGCAGGCUAAUUUUUUUGUAGGAUUAGGAGGAGGACGGUAGGGGAAAAAAAAAAUUCGCCCUUCCUUUGAGGUAGGAUAUGGAGCAUAGCAUUUAGCCUCCAUACUCCAUACCCCCCAGCCAAUUUCUAGCCGCUUUUCUUAACGUUUGUUUACUAACAUUUUGUUUUGUUGUCCAUAAUAUUUUCGCGGCACGUUGCUCUUUUUUUAUCCGCAGAGGUUUUUUUCCUCUCUCUCUCUCUCUCUCUCUUCCCGUGGCGCAUGCUACACAGUAUAUUUUGCAAUCUGUCUCUUGCACUCUAGUGCGUUUUAGGCCUUGAGUAGCAAAUUGGAAUCAAAUGUAACAUUAAAUCCGAGGCAUUGCUCAUGUAAGCUUUGAUUAUCGCACCGUAGAUACAAUCCGACUGGAAAUAAGCGUUUUAACAGACCGAGUGUUUAAGGCACAAAGCUUCAGUAAGGGGGGGGGGAACGUCGGCUACAAUCGGAUUAAUAAAAAAAUCAUCAUUUGGUAGCGCGUGCAAGAGGUUUUUAAGGCGCACUGCGUGAAGGUAAUUGUGGGAAUAAAUACUAAUAAUACUAAGAGGAAGAAGAAGAAGAAAAGCACACGGGGGAAAGGACGUCGGCGCGUUUUCAAUGUUAAUGUCGACCGACGUUGCGUCCAUCAUGCUGCCCGUUAGUCGGGGACUGAUGGAGCGGGACAGCAGGGACUUGGAGGCGACCGCCAGCCAGAACCCUCAGGCGCAGAACCAGAGCGCGAGCCCCAACCCGGUGCGGGGGAUGAAGCGUGGAGACCCGGAGCCUGACGCUCACGGAGCGGCUGCAGCUCCACUCGGGGACUCGGUAGGGGCCGAGUGUAAGAGACCUCGCAUGGAGGGCGGAGGAGACAUGAGCCAGAACAAUGAUCCACUCACCAUGGGCUUCCACGGAUACCCCUCAGCCAGCCAGGGUUCUCAGGAUGCUAUGGGGGCUCAGGAAGGCCUCGUCCCCCCACCGUACUCGUCCUUCCCUCCACCUCCACCUCCGCCGCCCCAGAACGGCUUGCCGCUGGACUUCGGAGGGAGCGGUAUUUACCCCGCAGGGGGCCAGGGGCAAGUGGAGGCGCCAGCAGGGAUCACUAACCCCCCUUCGGCCCCCAGCACACUCAACACACAAUUAUCGGAUGGUUCUCCCCAGGCCGAGGGCCAGUGUGUUUCCGGCAGCGGUUCAGGAGUAUCCGGGGCCGAAGACUCCGCAGACGGCAAAGUGACCCCGAAACGUCUCCACGUCUCCAACAUCCCCUUCCGCUUCCGAGACCCCGACCUGCGUCAGAUGUUUGGGCAAUUCGGGAAGAUCCUGGACGUGGAGAUCAUCUUCAACGAGAGAGGCUCUAAGGGCUUCGGCUUCGUGACGUUCGAGAACAGCGCGGACGCAGAGAAAGCCCGCGAGAGGCUACAUGGGACGAUAGUGGAGGGCAGGAAGAUAGAGGUGAACAACGCUACAGCUCGAGUGAUGACCAAUAAGAAGCUGGUCAGUCCAUAUGCUAACGGAGAGGGACUCAGCGCUCUGCCUUAUGUAGCUGGGUGGAAGCUGAGCCCCAUGGUGGGCGCGAUGUACGGGCCGGAACUCUACGCAGGUGAGGCGUUGGUUCCAGGGUUUCCGUACCCCACAGCAGCGGCGGCGGCUGCAGCUACUACAGCCGCCACCUUCAGGGGAGCUCACCUGCGGGGUCGCGGCCGGCCCGUUUACGGUGCUGUGCGCGCAGCCAUACCGCAACCCGCCAUUCCGGCAUACCCAGGAAUAGUGUUUCAGGACUCUGUGGUUAGUAGCAGAUUGCCGCAGGGUGGUUAUGCGGCGUAUCGCUACGCCCAGCCGGCCGCCGUAGCCGGUCCAACAGCAGCAGCAGCGGCAGCUGCUGCAGCAGCCUAUAGCGACAGUUAUGGCCGCGUGUAUGCGGCGGAUCCCUACGCUACAGCGCUAGCAGCACCCACGGCUGCAGCAUACGGAGUGGGCGCAAUGGCCACCCUCUAUAGGGGCGGAUACAGCAGGUUUUCUCCUUACUAACCUCCUGAAACCUCUCAGCUCCACCGACUUCGCCCAACCUUUUACCAACAGCCGGUCUCUUAGGAGUCCUUUUUUUUUUUUUUUUUUUUUUCUCGACAAAAUAUUAAAAAAAAAAAAACGAAACACACACCGCUUAAGAAUAAAUACUUGAGAAAGGAAAGUACAUCACUACAAGUGGGUUUUUAAAAAGAAAAUUCGAAUAAAACAAAAUAAAAAAAAAUUCACAUACGUAAAACUAACUUUACAAGACGAGCGAGACGCUGACCAAGGAAUUGCACGGCUGAGAAAAAAAAAAAAUUGUAUUCUUUCCUUCUUUGGCACGUUUCUCUGCACAUAUGCAUGCAGUAAUGGCUCUAGAGGAACAUUCUAGCGGCCAACAAACUCCAUGUGCACAGAGCGUCUGGACAACGACGGACAGAGUUUGUACAUCGCUCUUCUUCGAGUAUCACACUACAUCAUCCCCAGCCCUAACGAAGAAGCCUGCCCACUUCACCACAACGACUGUAAGAGGACACGGACCCCACGACAUACAGGAACCCUCGCACGUUCGUUCUUUAGGAACGGAACCCGAGAAAACACCACGAGAAAGGAGACGACCGUGUGAAGUGGUGGAUCUCCUCUUAAGGAAAAACGACUGGGAUGUAAAACGAAACUGACAGCUGUUACGGAUCGGCGGGAUUCUCCGCACGCAUAUGGGACGAUGUGUCAUAAAAUAACCUACAGAAAACCUUGCUUAGAUAUUUUUUUUCUUUUCUUUUUUUUUUUUGGGUGUUAAAAUUUACCUCCAGCUUUCGAAAGUCUUUUUUAAAAAGACGUACCUUUAAAAUUGAAUAGUAACAAUAUGCAAAUAAACUAGAUUAGAACAAAAAAAUGUUACCAAACUUCAUUAUUAUUAUUAUUAUUAUUAUUAUUAUUAUUAGACUAUUUCUUUAACAUGCCGUCCCUGUGACUCGUCGACUCCUAUUUAAAUGUGGAGGUUAUAUCAUGAAAUUAUCGAAAUGUAACACUAUAUAACACGAUUACGUUUAGAGGAAGAAGAAAAGAAACGCACACUUAAGAAUUUUUAUACAAUUUGUUUGGAUUGGAUUUUGGGGCUCCAGAGCCCCUUUUUACAAGAAUCAUCGUGUUGUCAAUUAUGCAACUUGCGUCAUUUCACGACAGGGUGUGCAGCAAGUGAAACUCCUGGAUAUUUUAAAGCCGUUAAACUACAUAGUAUUUUUUAUUUUUAUUUUUUUCUUCUUCUCGCUUCUCGACAUGUAUUUACUCUUUAUCUUCUGAAUAUUGAUAUUAUGUCUUAUGAAUUUUUGGUUCCAAAGAUUUUGUGAAGCACAUUUUUUGUUUUGUUUUGUUUUUUUUUUUUGUUUUGUUUAUAUGUAUGAGCCUAUGGUAAUUUCUGUUGUUUGCCUUGUUUUAUUUUUGUAUCAAUAGAUUUUACGGUUUGAUUUCUGAAGUGACUUAAAAAAAAAAAAAAAAAAAUCCAACAAAAAAAAAAAAUGGUUUGAACCGAAAUGGAUUUUUUUUUUUUUGCAGUGUCUGCUGUGCCAUCGACUUCCACAGUUUCCACCGUAAUUUAUUAACGAACCUAUCAGUCGAAUAUAAGCAGGUUAUUCUGUGGUCAGGAUUUAUCAGUGUACGUGCUUCGUUCCCGAGUCGUGUAUCAGUACUUCCUGUGCUGGAAUUGUUGGAAAAGCAUGAAAAAAAACAAAACAAACCCAACCCCCUGAGUUACCGGGUAUUAAUUGUGUAUGAAUUCGCCCGUUAUUAAAAAAUAUAUAUAUAUAUAUAUAUAUAUAUAGAUAUAUUUCAUCAGUGUUGCCUAGCAACGGUCAACACUUAUGACUGUAAGUAAAUACUAGAAAACAUUUCAUACUUUUUUCUUUUUUUUUUUUUAAUAUAUAUAUAUAUAUAAACCCCGCAUCUUUUUUGUUUUGUUUUGUUUUGUUUUAGUGUGAUUUUUGGGGUUGAAUUAUAUUCCACCGCUCCAAGCAAGUCCUGGAAGUGGAACGUUGUAUUAAGAUAUAAGGAAUUUUUCCCCGCUUCUCUCUCUGGAGAUGGACGGGUGUUAUAACUUCUUUUUGCUGUCCAUUAGGUACUUUGCAGCCUAUGCACUACGUUUCCUCAGUGUUAUCAAGAAAAUUUAAGACGUCAUUAGCUGCGAUCAACCUCCCCUCCACUUUUUUGCCUCGACUCUUCCAAAAUCUAUUGUUGGAUUAAUAAAAGAUGGAUUUGUUCCAUUUGUUUUUUUGUUUUUGUUUUUUUCUAGCCUUCCUAUGUGUAUAGUGACUUAAAAGUGCUACUGUUAAAACAGUAGUCCAAAAGCCAGACGGACAGGAUUAGACUCAUCUCAGUCCAGUGAUAUUUAUUAACGAAUUCCAUCAAACUGAGAACGGAAUUCUGAUUAGGAUCCGAUUGGAAAAAUCCUGCGUCGGAUUCGGACAGGAUCCCGACGAAGAGCGCGCGAGUCUAGAAUUGUUGGAUGGUCUUUAUAGAGCACAGGUUUCCAAUAACGUUCAGCUGUACAGUCAGGGUGGGAAAGGCGUCCCAAUCCUAUCCUAUAUCUCCUUUCCAUCUUUGCACAUUAUUAUAUAAUACAUGUUGUGCAUAUUAUCCUUUAGUUUACAAUGUGAGUGUGUUUUCGGUUUGAACUCUUCCUCUCUGCAUACUCGGAUGCCAUUUGUGAUGUAAUUUGUAUCUGAAUGUCCAUAUAAACUGUUUUUUUUAAAUAUAUGCAGAAACGA